AUGGGUAACCAUCCCUCCACAUCUUCCAAAGCCGGCACGCCGACCUCCUCCCAGGCGGCUCCGUCAAAUUCCGGUGCCUCGACCCCCGGCCAAGAGUCGCAGUCUCCGCGUGGGAGCCGCAGAGACACCCGGAACAUCAUCCAUCCAGUCCAACGGUCUGCUGCACCACCCGAAGCCUCAUUGGCCCAGGCCCAGGGCUCAACCGUCGUGAGCCGGCCCAAGAGUCUGUCGGGCACUGCCGUCUCCUCCCUCAGCGGCUCACCACACAGCACCGUCUCGACUCCAGCCAACAGCCACAAAGACAGCAACAUGGCCAAGCCGGCCGAGCCUCGACCGAUACACCACGAACCGUCCAAGCCCGUCAACGUCCCCAUCGAGUCGGGCUCUCAGAUCGCCAACCAGCCCCACGCUCACUACAACUCGGACACGGCCGCCCAGGGCGACCCGCGCCUCCUGUCCAACGGCAGCGUCACGGACAUCACAUAUCUGACUCAUCCGCCCCGUCUGCCUCUUCCCAUCCAGGAGGAGCUGCACACGCCUGGGUCGCCCAUAUUGGCUCCGGACGAGGGGCCCGCCGACGUCGGGGAGCUGGGGGAUAUCAGUGACUCGCUCACGAGGAAGAGCUCUGGUCUGAGCGCCGGCACGGUCGAGGAGGAGGACUCCGAGGAACUGAGAGUCGACAAGACUCGCCCCGUCGUACCGACCAAGCUGGAAUGGAAGCAGGGAGGAGACAAGGUUUAUGUCACCGGUUCCAUCUUUCAAUGGAAUCGAAAGCAGCGGCUGCACCCUGUAGAGGGCAAGCCCGGCUGUUUUGCCGCCACUAUUCAUGUCCUUCCCGGAACGCACCAUGUUAGGUUCUUGGUUGAUGGAGUCAUGCAAACCACACCAGAUUUACCAACAACUGUGGACUUCGGCAACAAUCUCGUGAACUAUAUCGAGGUCAGCCCCGAUGAUGCCCAGCAACAAAAGCAGGCAGCCGCCUCCCAGAAGGCAGACGCCGCGGGGGUUGAGAACAGAGCAUCACGGUCGGCAUCACAAACCGCGGAACAGCCCAAAGUGCCAAAGCACAGGCCAAUUCUCCCCCCAGAGGCCUACCGCUGCGAGAUUCCAGAGUACCUCCAAGACUUUGACCAGGCUGAGGACUCACCCGCCUACCAGAACGCCGUUGCUGCAAUUGAGAAGCUCGUCACCCCACCCAGUCUGCCUGGCUUCCUGGGAAAACCAAUCCUGAAUGCAGCUGUCCUCAUGAAGGAUGAUAACAGCGUCCUCAAUAUGCCCAAUCAUACUGUUCUCAACCACCUGGCUACAAGCAGCAUAAAAAACGGCAUCCUAGCCGUUUCGGCUACUACACGUUACAGAAACAAGUAUGUCACAACGAUUAUUUACAAGCCCACGGGAGCUGAGGAUUAG